CCAAAGAAAGGCCCAGAGGGCCUGAGACAAUCAAACCGAACCUUAAGCCGAGAAAAAAAAUCGACUGAAAAUUUAGAAUAUCGAGCUGACGGACAUGUCUUGAGUCCUACCGAAAAUUGGUGGGCGUGUUGGUGGCGAAUUAGCCAAGGGCAUUUUGCUUUUCUUUUACAAAACUCCAGUUGAACUUAUCAGUUUAGAAAUUUUAACUUUCUGUUAAACAUUGAAUUUGUGUUCAUACUUUCAUAGAAAUAUUAAUAAUUAAAUUUGUGAAAAUGGAAUUGACUGAUUUACCCUACGAUUGUUUAUCGUGUAUAUUUGAUUGUAUUCCUGAUCUUAAACAACUUUUGGACAAGUCAACAGUUUGUAAGCAAUGGAACAUUUUGGUGAAACGGCGACUGAAAAAAAUUCGACAUUUACAUGUCGUUAGUGAAGACUUUUUACCAUAUUUCCAUUUUUCAUCUGACAAUCACAUCUACACGGAUGAUGUUGAAUUAAUGGAGAGAGUUGAUGUCUCUCAGUUAUUACCGAACCUCAAGUUUUUAUCCUUGAGUCUUUAUCCGGGUCAAAAAUGUACUGGUAAAAUGUUAGUCAAUAUUUUGUCAUCAACAGCGAAACCGCUGGUUGGACUCACAUGUAAAAAUCAAUGCUGUAUGAGCAAUGAUUCCCUACAAUCUGGUCAUGUCGAUAUCGAAGAGAUUGUUAAACACUGUGAAAGUCUCGAGUAUAUGAAUAUAUGGAAUCAGUUUUUUCGAGACAUUUAUUUCUUCAAAUAUAAAUUUGGACAAAAUUUGAAAUACUUUGACGGUUGUACCUUACCGUGGUACAAUGAAGAUUAUGAUUCCAUGAUGGAAGAAAUAAAUUUAUUAUGCUGCUACGCCGCGCGAAUGCCAAAUCUUGAAGUUCUGAUUCUGAAAAAACCACUAAAUGAACCUCGUCUUUGGUGUUUACCAAAAAUGAAACUGAAAGAGAUUAAAUUCCAACAUAUAUCCUCAGGUUCGCCUGUCUUCCAGUUCUUGCCUUUAUUUCCUGAUUUACGAAGUAUCAAGUUGAGUAUUCUUAAAGUCAAGAAUAAAGAUGAAGGAUUUCCUGAUUCACAUACUCAUCUGAAUGUUCAAGAUGUAGUUCUAAAAAUACACAAACACAAAGGGCCAACUAUGGGAUGUUUCAAGCAUAUUAAAAGUAUUUUGGUCAAGUUCCCUAAUUGUACAAACCUGUACAUUAAUUUGAAAAAUUGUGAAGAGCGAAAAUUGUUGCUUACUAAAGAACAUUUUAUCGAGAUGAUAAAAAUUUUGCCGAAUUUAACUCUCAUUGUCUUGAAUAGUAAGAAUUGUGGGGAUGCAAAUACUAUUGGGACACUCGAUAAAUUUUGUAAAUCAACAGGUCGAAGGAUCAAUUUUAUCUUGCGUGGCGAUGACCGAGCAAAUGAUGGAACCAGGGUUCGCUCAUGUACUCGAUUUGCAUUGAACGAAGAUGUUGCAAGUCCUUUAAAGAUCGAUAAUGAGUUCUUACAAAAGUACGUUUAUUGAAAUUCGUAUUAGUUAAGCUCGAAUUUUUAAUCACUUCAACUUUUUACUCAACAUACUGAUCAACACUUACAACUGAUCUAUAUACACGAAUUGAACGAAGAUGCUGUCAAACAUUUCGAGACCGACAGCAAAUUCAUUCGGAGCUUUUUUCGUUGUAAAAAGUAUUGAAUUUUUCUGCAACCAAUUGAUUGUUCAACGUUAGGCUUUUCUUAUUAA